AUGGUAGUGGCCAAGGGCACGGGCAGGGAUUGGAGAGACGCGACUGGCUCGGGUCAUCCCAUCCAUUUGAUGAAGGAAAAACUUCAGUUCCAUCUCCCAAGAAAUCCCACUGCCCCGCUCCAGCAACGGCGAUAUCCCAAGAGGGCUGCGGCAUCCUGGCGCAAUGCAUCCAGCAGCGGGCGCCCGGAGCAUCGAAUCUCAUGGGCCAAGCCAGAAGAAUGUCGCCAGCCUCUCUCGCGGGAAAAGCGCAACGUAAGAUGGAGCAGUUCGGACUCGUCUUGGGGGACCGGGCACUGCAUGAAAGCGGCGAGGCUCGGCUUCGACGAAGAGAAUCGCAGUUUGAUGACUCGCGGCGGCCAAUUCGAGUAUCUGGACCUGAACACGGAUAUAGUCACUCCCGAGCGAUCCGGCAAUCCCCUCAUCCUGCCACGGCAUAGCUCGGACAUUUUCAAUACGCCUUUGUCCUUGACUCUGUCGAGGUUAGAUGCAGCUCCCGAUGUCCCCCAUCCCCACCUCCAGACAACCUUGAACACUGCAGCAAGCCAGAAGAAAGCCAGCAAUCCAUCAGAAGUACCGCCCCAGCGUAGUAAUCAGCACAGUCAAGUCAUUCCCAAGAGAAUUUGGCUUGCGGAUAAUUAUAUGUACGAAGUACUUGGCAUAACUCUGCAGGCCUGUGAGCAGGGGGCUGGGAAGGAGGCUUGA